AUGGACGUCAUGUCACAGGUCAAAGAGCAGUCGCACACGGCCGACUUCGCUUCGGGGGUAAACCGGCAGGCAUCUACGACAUCCUCGUCGGCGUCCUCUGGCUACUCGUACAACUCCGACUACAGUGCCCGGGGCUCCCAGUACUCGACAAACACAAGUCCCGGCCAGUCCCCUUACCUCGCCCACAAGCGUGGUCAGAGCGAACUGGUAAGAUCACACACGUUUGACCUCACCGAGAGAGAUGGAAGUCCGAGCCCGACGAAGAGGUCUGGUGGCGGACAGGACAACCUAUACGCCACCAUGAGGCAGUCCCUUCGCCCGCUACCUCAGGCACCGGCACAAAGCCCAGCUGUGGCCCCAUCACCGCCUAGGCAUACACCGUAUCACGACCGCGGGUCCAGCGUUGAUGUUGCGAAACCCUCUCUCCCACCGUCCCCGCGCUACUCCCUCACCUCCCGCGACCGAGGCCAAACCUUCCAUGGCGGUCAGAUCAGCUCGGCGGUGGCACCCUCGCCGCCUCGCACCUCCUACCAGCAUGAGCGAGGCCAGAGCGUGGACCCUGCCCCCAGCCCCUCAUCCCAGCUCGUACACCACACAACGACCCACCUCGCGAAACCCGAUCUCGAAAAGCUAGGCCGCUCUGCCACGAGCCAGCUCCGGACGCUCUCAACUCUUGCCCAGUCCGAAUCCGCCGAGGACUUUGUCAUCACAUCUCCUGAUCAGGAAGUCGUCGGUCUCCGUGGCCGGCGCCGACUCCAACGAGUGGGCAAGGAAAAUAACAGGCCCGGCGCGGGCAACGGAGGGUACGGUUGGGAAGGCCGCAACUGGAUGGACAAGCAACGUCAGUUCCUCCAAGCUUAUGAAUACCUGUGCCACAUUGGAGAGGCCAAGGAGUGGAUCGAGGACGUCAUGAAUAAAAGCCUGCCUCCCAUCAUCGAGCUGGAGGAGGCACUGAGGGAUGGUGUGAGCUUGGCCGAGGUGGUCGAGUCGCUCAAUCCUAACCAGCGGUACCGCAUCUUCCGACACCCCCGUCUUCAGUUUAGGCACUCGGACAACAUCGCCAUCUUCUUCCGUUAUCUAGAUGACGUUGAUCUGCCUGAUCUCUUCCGGUUUGAACUCAUCGAUCUGUACGAAAAGAAGAAUAUCCCCAAAGUCAUCUACUGUAUCCACGCGUUGAGUUGGCUUCUCUACCGCAAGGGAAUCCUCGACUUCCGUAUCGGUAAUCUGGGCCUAGACAAGCUCGGGGCCAGCAUGCCCACGUUCGGCAAUAUGGGCGCCGACUUUGGCGUGGAGCCCGAGCCCGUAGAGACGGAGGAAGAGAGGAUAGACAGAGAGCUCGGAGAGAACGAAAGAUCCAUUGUCGGCUUACAGGCACAAGCUCGCGGCGCGCUCACGAGAAUGAGGCUGGGCGAGGUCAUGAAUGGUCUGUGGGACAACGAAGCCCUCCUCAUCGACUUGCAAGCCCGAAUCCGCGGCGACUUUUCACGGCAGAUUGUCGACUACCGGAUGGAAAUGAGGAGGUUUGCCGUCAACCUUCAGAGCGCAGCGCGAGGAUUUCUCGUCCGCCAGGGGCUCGCCAACACGGAACACUUUUGGAGGAGCAUGGAGCCCGAUAUUCUCGAGCUGCAGAGCAUGAUUCGCGCGUCCAAGGUGCGGAACAAGGUAUGCAGUGUGCAAUCUCAGCUGGUGCGACACGAGGGGCCUGUUUGCGAGGUUCAGUCGAUGGUCAGGGGCUUCUUGGUCCGGAAAGCACGGGCGGCCCAGAAACAGGAGACGGCGCAGUCAGCGGGUUCGGUGGCAAGCCUCCAGUCCGUCGCGCGCGGUAUGAUGCUGAGGGCGAGGAUGGCAGAGGACCAGAGGCUCCUGCACGGACAAGCCAAGGCCGUGACGGCCCUGCAGGCCUUUGCGAGGGCGGCGCUGACAAGACACCAGAUCUCUUCCCAGCUGGAGGACCUCGAGUCGUUCAACACCAAUUGGGAGGCGCUGCAGGCUGCCGCCCAGGGCAACCUCGUCCGAUCGCGACUUCACGAACUUCGCAGCGAACUCAAGUGCUUUAGCCCUCAAGUCACACUCCUUCAGAGCUUUAUCCGCGCCGCUGCCGCAAGGGCGGCCGUUGCCCAAGACUUGGAGGCUCUGCAAGAAAACGAAGCGUCCAUCAUUGACCUGCAAUCUCUGGUCCGCGGUAUGCUCGUACGCCAGCAACAACGCGCCGACAUUGAGGCGCUCAUCCGACAAGAAUCCAAGAUCCGCACCCUCCAGGCCCGCACCCGAGGAUACCUCUUCCGACAGCAAAACAAGCGGUUCCUCGAGGAACUCGAGUCGCAUACGCCCCAGAUUAUCCAGCUCCAGGCGUUUGCCCGCGCCGUGCUCGCGAGGGGAGAGGUGGAGGGCAUCGUCUCGGAACUAGAAGAUAACGAGGACUCCAUCAUCGCCUUCCAGGCGCGAGCUAUGGGCUUCAUCGUGCGCAAGAAAUUUGAAGAGAAGAAGAAGUACUUUAACGAAAACAUGCAAAAAGUUGUCAAGAUCCAGAGUUUUGUGCGGGCCAAGAUCCAGGGCGAGGCUUACAAGAAGGUGGAAUUCGAGAGGAUGCGCAAGACGGUGGUGCAGCAGGUACGGCAGAACGAGAUGGCGGAGCAGUACAUUGACCAGCUCGACAUCAAGAUUGCGUUGCUCGUGAAGAACAAGAUCACCCUCGACGAGGUGGUCCGGCAUCAGCACACCUUUGGCGGGCAUGCGAUGAGCAUGAUUGCCAACUCGUCCAUCGCGUCGACGAACCAAUUCGACCUCAAGGCGCUAAACAAGAGCUCAAGGAAGAAGCUUGAGCUGUACCAGCAGCUCUUCUUCAACCUGCAAACGCAACCGCAGUACCUUGCCCGCCUUUUCAGGAGGGUGCGUGAGCAGGGCAUGGGAGAGAAGGAGGUCAAGAAGACGGAGCUCCUUGUCAUGAGCCUCUUUGGGUACGCGCAAAAGAGGCGUGAGGAGUACUACCUGCUCAAGCUUGUGGCGAGGUCGAUUCGCGAGGAGGUAGAGGGCUGCCGGACGGUGCAAGACUACAUGCGCGGCAACUUCUUCUGGAGUAAGCUCGUGGCCAACUACACGCGUUCCCCGAGGGAUAGGAAGUACCUUCGAGACCUUUUGGGGCCUUUGAUUCGCGACAACAUUGUCGAGGACCCCGCGCUCGAUCUCGAGAGCGAUCCCAUGCAAAUCUACAAGUCGGCCAUCAACAACGAGGAGUUGAGGACAGGAAGACCUAGCCACCGCCCGCUAGAUGUGCCUCGGGAAGUAGCCAUCAAGGACCCAGAAACCAGAGAGCUCUUCAUUGACCAUCUCCGCGACUUGCGCGAGGUGUGCGACCAGUACCUUGCCGCAUUCGAGGACCUCAUGCCGAGGCUGCCGUACGGGCUCCGCUUCCUUUGCAGGAGCAUCUUUGAGUCGCUCUGCCAACACUUUUCAGGAGCAGCAGCACCAACUCCUCUUCAUGGUCUCCCACUGGCUCUGGAAGUUCUAUCUUCAACCGGCCCUCACCACUCCCGAGACGACCGGAGUCACGGAGCGGACCCUGAGCCCCUCCAGAAGCGCAACCUCGGAGAGGUAGCCAAGGUACUGAACCAGGUGGCGUCGGGCAGGCUAUUUGGUGGAGAGAACAUUUAUCUCCAGCCCCUCAACGCAUUUGUGAGCGACUCGAUCGAGAGGCUCGGUCACCUCAUGGGCGAGCUCAUCUCGGUGGCGGAUGCGGAAAGGACCUUUGAUAUUGACGAGUUCAAUGAUUUGUACGCCAAGAACAAGCCCACGCUGUACAUCAAGAUGGCGGACGUGUUCGCGAUCCACAACUUGGUGGCUGCGGAGCUCGCGCACAUCUGCCCCAGCAGGGACGACGUGGUGCGGGAGAUUGUACAAGAGCUGGGCAGUGCCAAGAGCAACGAAAACGAGAUGACGGCGACGGGGUCGUCUGAUAUUCAAAUGUUCCUAACGCCUAAGCUACACGACGUGGAUGACCCCGAGGCCGAGGUCAAGGCCCUCUUCAUGGAGACGAAGCGGUGCGUGCUGUACAUCAUCCGCGUGCAACAAGGCCCCAGCCUCCUAGACAUCCUGAUCAAGGCCAUCACUCCCGAGGACGAGGUCAAGUGGCGGGCGUUGCUGCGCGAGGAGUUCUCGAUGGCAAACCGCACCCGUGGGGCAUACUCGGACGCCAACAUGGUGGACGUGACGCGCAUGACGUACCACGAGCUCAAGCGCACGGCGCUGGAGAACGUGCUGCGCCUGGAGCACAUGGGCCGAAUCUCAAAACAGAACCGAUACCAGGACAUCCUGAACGCAAUCGCCUCGGAUAUCCGUACCAAGAGCAGGCGCAGGGUGCAGAGACAGAGGGAGUUAGAGGGUGUCAGGUUGACGCUCACUAACCUCCACGAUAAGGCGAGAUACCUAGAGCUCCAGAAGAAGAGCUACGACGACUACAUUGAGUCGGCAAUGGCGACUUUGCAGAACAAGAAAGGCAAGAAGAAGUUCCUCCUGCCUUUUACGAAACAGUACAACCACCAGAGGGAGCUAGAGCGGAGCGGACGGGUGCCCAAAUUUGGCAGCUUCAAGUACAGCGUGCGCGACCUCGUGGAGAAGGGCGCAGUGGUCGCGUGGAAGGGCGUGAGCGAGCGCGACUGGGACAAGACGGACCUGACCAUCUCGUGCGACGAGGUUGGCGUCUUUGCGUUUGAAGGCUCGCGCAGCCACAUCCAGAUCCCGGGCGCCAGUGCGCUGGUGUCGAUCGAGGACCUCCUGCAGGCGCAGUUUGAGGCGAGGCAGUUUAUGGAUCUGUUUGAGGGGAACCUGAGGCUCAACGUCAACCUGAUACUGCACCUCCUCUACAAGAAGUUUUACAGGACGCAAUAA